AGUGAGCAGGAUUCAACAUCUUCUAGCAUGUGGACACGUUAGCUGAAGUACGUAUUGUAAGUCACUGUGCUCGGUGGUUGUAUUUUAACGAAGGUAGUCACUUAAUUUCACAGAAAUGUUGAUAUUUUGUCCGAAUAUUGACAAAUUCUGACACAAUUUGACAUCUUUGUAGUUGGACCUUCAAGUGAGUGAGACCAGAAAUUGCUUUUUUCGCCAUACGAGAAGACGAAGACGUUUGAAUUGGGACAGACGUUGUGACGUAUUCAGCCAAUUAGAAUUAGCAAACUGCUGAUGGUUAUUUAUUAAAUAUGUGAAGACAAUCCGCCUCAGAGAUCUAGAACGAUCUAGAACGUUCCAUUCCAAUCAGCAACGAGCAGUCCAGCUAGGUCUUCCGCCAUGCUGGGCCCCCAGAGACAGGACCCCCCCCCCCCCUCACACACACCCCGGCCCUUGGACAGUGGCGCGUCACGUUUCCACGAACACAAGAAGCUCGUUUUAAAAUAGACGAUGACCCAGUCCACCCCCUCAUCGGACCCCCACCACCCUCCUGCGUGCCCGGCUCUGCCCGCUGGUUCUGUCUUUCAGUGUGUAGGUGAGAGUACAGUCGCCCGAGCAGGUUCGCGCAGGGAAGCUCAAGAAGAACCAGAACCGACACCUCGGGACUCGCCAGGGAAGAGGGGUCUCCCCAAAACCUGAGUCUCCGCCCCCCUCCUCAGUCUCCGCCUCCCCCACCACCCCAAGCAGCCAUGAGUCGCAGCAUCGUGCGGCAGAGCAAGUUCCGCCACGUCUUCGGCCAGGCGGUCAAGACCGAGCAGGGCUACGACGACAUCCGCGUGUCCAAGGUGACGUGGGACAGCUCCUUCUGCGCGGUCAACCCAAAGUUCCUAGCCGUCAUUGUGGAGUCCAGCGGGGGCGGAGCCUUCCUGGUCCUACCACUCGCCAAGACAGGGCGUGUGGACAAGAACUACCCUCUGGUCAUAGGACACUCUGGGCCUGUCCUCGACAUUGACUGGUGUCCUCAUGAUGACAACAUUCUGGCCAGCGGCUCAGAGGACUGCACCGCUAUGGUGUGGCAGAUUCCUGAUCACUCGCUGAUCCGCCCCAUCACAGAACCUGUGGUGGUCUUGGAGGGCCACUCCAAACGUGUCGGCAUCGUCAGCUGGCACCCGACCACACGCAACAUCCUACUCACCGCAGCCAGCGACAACCUGGUCAUUAUCUGGAACGUGGGGACGGGCGAGCCCCUCAUGUCCAUGGACGACCACCCUGACCUCAUCUACAGCAUCAGCUGGAAUCGCAACGGAAGCUUCUUCUGCACCACCUGCAAAGACCGCCGCCUGCGCGUUUGCGACCCCCGCAAGGCCGAAGUAGUGGCGGAACGCUUGGCGCCUCACGAGGGCAUCCGACCAAUGAGAGCCAUCUUCACCCGAGACGGGAACAUCUUCACCACCGGAUUCACCAGGAUGAGCCAAAGAGAACUCGGACUCUGGGACCCGACCAAUUUUGAGGAACCCAUCGCCCUGUUGGAGCUGGACACAAGUAACGGCGUCUUAUUACCGUAUUACGACCCAGAUGCCAACAUGGUCUACCUGUGUGGAAAGGGAGACAGCAGCAUCCGUUAUUUUGAGAUCACGGAGGAGCCGCCCUACGUGCACUACCUCAACACCUUCAGCAGCAAGGAGCCACAGAGGGGGAUGGGCUUCAUGCCCAAAAGAGGCGUGGACGUCAGCAAGUGUGAGAUUGCCAGGUUGUACAAGCUGCACGACAAGAAAUGUGAGCCCAUCACCAUGACCGUGCCCAGAAAAUCGGACCUUUUCCAGGACGACCUGUACCCAGACACGGCGGGGCCUGAACCCGCCAUGGAGCCCGAAGAGUGGCUGGACGGCCGCGAUGAAGACCCCAUUCUGAUGUCCAUGAAGGAGGGCUACGUGCCACCAAAGAGCAGAGAGCUCAAAGUGGCCAGGAAGAACGUGCUAGAUUCCAGACCCGCCCCCCGACGCAGCAUGUCCACAUGUGACGCCGCCAGCCUGCCGCCUCAACUCCUUGAAAGGCUGGUGGAGGAGAUCCAGAACCUAAAGGCCACAGUUUUGUCUCAGGAGAAGAGAAUCUGUGACUUGGAGAACAAACUCUCACAGUACACCAACGGCACAGCCUGAGCUCCCCCCCUCCCCUCCCCUGCAGAACCUCUACUUGUGGACUGUUCUGAAGUGCUAAGCAAAACUGCAGUGGCACGGCGGUCCAGUGCUGGAACAUAAUCCACAUUGCAGUGUGAACAUAACGGACCUGAAACUCUUUUUAGUGUUUUUAUUUGAAGGAGCAACAAGGGCUGAAGGUUUGAGGGACGCACCGAGCCGACUAAGUCAACAUAAAGGACUUCCUGCCCGGAAAAUCCAACGUCUCGUGAAAGUAAGUAAGAAGCCUUUUGUUUUUGCUGCUUUUCGUCGGCUCGUCUCACAACAUGACGACAAGGUGUAAAUAGACAAGGACAAAGAAGAGAAAGCGUUUUCAACUUGUAGCAAAAUGGAACAAAUGUCAAGAAUUAGACAUGACUAAAAUAAAAGUGUUUUUUAUUAAAUAUUAACCUUUCAUUUGUGUAAAACAUUUGCUGUCAACGUGUUCUUUAGAGAGUUUGGCUUCAGUGAUCAGACAAAGACAAAUCUAUUUUUCCCAUAAAAAAUCAUGUCAAUCCAAGCAAGAUGAUUUCAAGCUGCAGCACCGAUGUUGGCCUCUAGGGGCAGACAAACCCCAAAGACGAUUAAGCAUUGGUUGCCACAGCGACGAUUCCUUGAGCUCACUACAGGCUCUGUAGGAGGCCGAGCGCCAGGCUGAGCACACAUGCGAGGUGCACCUUAUUGAACAAAGAGGCCACGCCCGCUGUGGUCUGGAAGGCGUUGACGGUGCACGUGUCCGUGUUGCCCACGCGGUCCACCACCAGCAGCGCCAGGUCGGGGGCAUUGCAGGUCGCGUUGUAGGUCACCAGCGUGAUGUUCUCAUUGCUGUCCGACGGACCCAUGUCCAGUGUUCCGUUGCCUUGUGUGAGCGUGACCUGAUCCACGCCCGUGCCGUCCGUGCCGUCACUCACACGCAGGGACACCUCCCAUGUGAUGUUGCUGCAGUUGUGAAUGCAGUUGACGAUGGAAAGGACUUCACACACGGGAGGGCUAAAGUCCAUCACCUGAAGGAGAAGAGAAGUGGUAAGAGGACGUUUGUGAUGUAGAAAAUACAGCGGUGCCUACAGUGUUGAAGACGGUGAUCCUCAGGACAAUGUAGUUGGUUUCCUGACUUCCGGUACCCUCGAUCUCAAUGGUGAGGGUGAUGGUAGUACCCGAAGGCGUGUUGAGCGGGGCAGAGACGAUGACGGUGUCGUUGGUUGUUUCUCCUUGUUGCAGCAGUAUAGUGCUGGGAGCGCUGGUGGUAAAGCGCUGGUCGUUGGUUGUGACCCUGACGGAGAAAUUACCUCCGGCUCCCGUUGUGGUGGCGGAAAAAUUCACGGCGAGGUUGGUCCCGGGCACCAGGUUUCUGUCAACCUCGGCCUAAACACACAGCCAUGACGCUCAGUAAACUUCAUGUCAUGGGAUGGAAGAUGGCGAUGUUGGACUCUCACCUCGAUGGUCACACUGGACGCUUGAAAGUUGGUUGGCAACUGCCUUCGGAAGUUGAAGGUUGUCCCAGUGGUAGCGUUGACAUCGCUUCCGGUAAUGCGCACAACAAAUGGCACGGAUGGAAAUUCGUCGACAUGAACGAGGAACUGACCGCUCCCCUGCGGUACCACAGUGCCUUCGACCACUCCCGUACCCCCCACCUCCACCAGCAUGACCUCAGUGACGCUGGCGGUGUCGCUACCCGUUAGCGUCACCAGCAGGCUACCAUUGGUGCCUUCAAACAAAAGAAACCAUUUACAAGUCUGACUGGAAGGGACAGUUGGAAUUUUUUCCACAUGAAGUUGUAGGACAUCCCAGCAGCAGUGUAGUACAUCAAGUGUGACUUACUCCGCACUUGGUCCCAUGAGUUCCGGAAAGUAGUUCCGGCUCGUUGGUGGGGUCACAUGAGUAAAGCGUUUGCAAUACAUUUGCAUCACAAAACCACUGUCCACAAAAAAAGUCAGACCUCAAAAUCCAUCUGCAUUAUUUUCUCUCCACAGUUCAUAGUUCUCCGGAACUAGUUCAGAGUUCACGUCACACAGUAUGAAGAUGAAUAGUUCACGUUCAUAAUUCAUCAUUUCAAUUUCAACUUGUUCACUGUUUACAAUGAUGUAUGGGAGAACAAUAUCGACAAUAAAUUGGUUUUCUUUAUAUACUGUAUGCUUUAUAGCCUAUGCAUGU